AUGGAAGAGUCCAAGAAGACUAAAGCUCCAAAGAAGAAGUGGACAGUCAAAGAGAUCGAAAAGGAAAUCCAGAGGCAUGAUGACGCUAUUAAGGAAGCUGAAGAGAUUAAGGGAGAUAUUGAUGUCAGAGAUGCUAUGUAUGAUAAAGCAGUCUUCCUCAAGAAUGUUGCCAAAUACGAAGAUGAUGCUGAGAAGAUGUUCAGAGAUACUUAUGAGAAGUCAGGAGGCCCCUCAAAGAAAAUGGAGAUUCUUUUCCAUAUUUUGCAGAUGACAAUUCACAAUCUGAACCUUCCAAAGAUUAGAAAAGAUGUUGAGACCUGUAAGAAAUUAGUUGAUGAAGGAGCUGAUUGGGAGAAAAAGAACAAAUUAAAGGUAUACGAAGGAGUAUACUGCAUGAUAAUCAGAGAUUUCAAGCGAGCUGCAGAGCUAUUGCUUGACUCUGUUGCUACAUUUACCUGCUCUGAGCUCCUUGACUAUAAAGACUUCGUCUUUUAUACUGUAGUCACUGCAAUGGUCAGCUUAGAUAGAAAGACCAUUAGAGAGAAUGUAGUAAAUUCUCCAGAUAUUCUUGCAGUGAUCAGAGAUGUUCCCCACCUCAAGAAGUUUUCAGAUUCUUUCUAUAAUUUUGAUUACAAAAGCUUCUUCGAGGCUUUUGUUGAGAUUGCAGAGAGAAUCAAGAAUGAUAAAUUCCUUGGAGAUCAUGCUAACUACUUCAUCAAGGAAAUGAGACUAGUAGCUUAUAAGCAAUUCCUUACAAGUUAUAAAAGCGUGACUAUUGAGAAUAUGGCAGAGAAUUUCGGAGUUGGUCCUGAAUUUUUGGAUAAAGAGCUAUCCCAUUUCAUCUCAAUUGGAAAAAUCAAAUGCAAGAUUGAUAAAGUAUCAGGAGUUAUCGAAUCAAAUGUUCCAGAUAAAACUAUUGAGCAGUACAAUUUAAUGGUAAAGAAAGGUGAUUUCUUGUUGGAUAGGAUCCAGAAAUUGGGAAGAGCACUUGAUAUCUAA